GACUUCCCUCCAGCUCUCAACAGAUGUUCUUAUUGACUGAUGCGUGACGAUGGCAGCCGUAGGCUGACGUAGGUUGAUCGUGCUCAUCUGAAUCGGCUGCAUUGCACUCCGAAUGCAGCGUACGAAUCGUGGCGGGCUGCAUGAUUCCCAGUACGACUCAAAAGCUUGCUGUAGGCCGACCGUUCGGCCUGAGUUUAAGUUUAUCGUAACGUUCUGUAUCGUCUGCAUUCGGGGGGACGGUAGUCAUACCGAGGACUUAGACCUUUGAUAAAGUAGUCUUUAGAAUAGGUAGUGUGUUUCCGGGCGGCUCUUUUACCCCACAGUAAUUGAUACACGUUCCUCGUUCCUGUAAAGGGGACGGUGGUCAUGCCGACGCCGUAGUAGACAUUUGACCAAGUAAAGUUCAGAGUACAGUUUCCGAUCGACCAUUUUACCUCACAGUACUUGGUGCAAGAUCCUGUGAGGGGGACGGUGGUCAUGCCGACGCCGACGUAGACGUUGAUCAAAGCAACGUUUAAAGUGCAGUUUCCGAACGGCCCUUUUACCUCACAGUGUUUGAUUCACGUUCCUUGUUCCUGUACGGCGGACUGUGGUCAUGCCGACGCCGUCGCGACAGGGAGGCAGUCCACGUGGCGGCACGGAGAGCGUCGCACAGGCGCUUCGCGAAUGCGUGGACGACCCCGUGCGAGGCGUGCGACGGCUGGCGACGAGCCAUGCUGCGAUGCAGCUACAGCGCUCGGCGAUGCUUUCGUACGAGACCGCUAAGAACAAUGUGGGGGCCGUCUGGCGCAAGUACCAAAGCGGGGAGCUCUUUAACGCGAAUACGGUCGAGGCUGUUAAAAGAUACGCCCUAGACCUGGCAGCUAAAGCACACGUGCAGGUGGCAGGGCUCAUCUCUUCUGUGUCCACUCCCUCUCCCGCCUCCCUCCCCCUCUCAUCGCCCCCCUCCUCUCCUCCCUCACUCUCCUCCUCCUCUUCCUCCUAUGGACCUCCCUCCACUCCCCCACCACCCAAGUCUCGCAAUUCGCCCCUCCCUCCUCCCUCUCACCGCUCUCCACCUCCUCCUCCUCCCUCGCCUCUCUCAACCCAUCGUCUAGCAUAUUCACUGCGUGUCAAGACCUGCUGGCGGCACACGGUAGGGCUGUGAGCGUAGCAGUUGGGGGGGAUGAGGGAGGGCCAGGGGCAGCAGCAGCCGUAGCUGCUGCUGCUGCUGAAAACGCCGCUGCAACUGCUGCUGCUACCACCCCUGCUGGGGCAUCCGGUCCUAGCAACACCACUGAUGAACCCUCCACCAGCCAAGACCCAUCACAACCAGCACCACCGUCGCCAGCACAACCCAAACCCAUCAUUCCCGGAUCUGCCCUCCUCACACCAGACUCCCUCACAUCCUUCGAGCAGCGCUACGAGUGCCUCGCCACGCAGGGCAUCUGGGACCUAGACCCCGUCCCCCGCCCGCUCCCCUGGUUCAAACUCCGCAAGGGGUGGUCCGGGUGGGAGUGCGAUGCCGCCUGGUCCCGCCAAGCCUCGGAAACCGGCAACCUGGCCUUUAGCGCCGCCGAUGCUGUGGCCGACGAGGCUCGGCACGCGAAGGAGUGGCAGGUUCGGGACGCGGUGAAGUACCGGUGGCGGGCGCAUAGGCGGUGCGGGCGGUGGGGGCGGUGGAUAGGGAGGUCUGGCGGGGAGGCUGGCGGGGCGGAAGGUGCUGAUGGUGGGGGAUGCCACUAGCGCCAUGCUGUAUCUCUCGCUCAGGAAUCACCUGCUCAUGCCGGGAGGUGGAGGAGGAGGAGGGGGAGGGGGAGGAGGAGCAGGAGGAGGAGCAGGAGGAGCGGGAGGGUAGGAGGAGGAGGAGGUGAAGGAGGAGCAGCAGGGAGUGGGAAGGGAGGAAGUGGGGGCUAUGAAGGCCUAGAGCAUCUCAUAGUGGUGCGAGACGAGGUGCCGGAUUUCUGUGCGAGGCUGGACCUGCGGCAGCAGCAGGACUUCCCAGUGUGCACGCAGAUCACCUUCGGGGUGCAGAUCCCGAGGGUUCCUGCGGACUCCGCAUCUAUCCUCUUCGUUCGGGACGACAUCCUCCGAACCUCGCCCGCCAAUCCGACCCUGCGGCUCAGGAUCCGAGCGCCGGACCUGCUGACGCUCCGGCCCUCUCUUUGCCUUGGUUCGACCAAGUGAA